ACCGUCCUGCCUCCCGUUGCUAUGGGAGACUCGUCCCAGCCUUCUGAUUGGCCGCUUCUCUCUCUCCUCUCAUUGGCCAGUGCGGGCAAGGGAGCGCCCGCCUCGCCGCUCGCCAUUGGCCGGCGCGGGUUGGCCCCGCCCCCCGGCAGUGAGCGGGGCGGAGGGAAGAUGGCGGUGGUGGCGCCGCUGCUGGCGCUGCUGUGGGGGCUGCCCGGGCUCUGCCGAUGGCUCGCCCAGCCCUACUACCCGCUCUCCGCGCUGCUCGCCGCCGCUUUCCUGCUCGUGCGCAAGGUCCCGCCGCUCUGCCGUGGGCUGCCCUCGCAGCGGGAGGAUGGCAACCCGUGUGACUUUGACUGGAGGGAGGUGGAGAUCCUCAUGUUCCUCAGCGCCAUUGUCAUGAUGAAGAACCGGCGCUCCAUCACCGUGGAGCAGCACAUCGGGAAUAUCUUCAUGUUCAGCAAAGUGGCCAACGCCAUCCUGUUCUUCCGCCUCGACAUCCGCAUGGGGCUGCUCUACCUCACGCUCUGCAUAGUGUUCCUGAUGACCUGCAAGCCACCCCUUUACAUGGGCCCUGAAUACAUCAAGUACUUCAGUGACAAGACCAUCGAUGAGGAGCUGGAGAGGGACAAGCGGGUGACAUGGAUUGUUGAGUUCUUUGCCAACUGGUCCAGCGAGUGCCAGUCCUUUGCCCCCAUCUUCGCCGACCUCUCUCUCAAGUACAACUGCUCAGGACUCCAGUUUGGGAAGGUGGAUGUUGGCCGGUACACGGACGUCAGCACCAGGUACAAGGUCAGCACCUCGCCUCUCACCAAGCAGCUGCCCACCCUCAUCCUCUUCCAGGGUGGGACAGAGAUCAUGCGGCGACCGCAGAUCGACAAGAAGGGCCGGGCUGUGUCCUGGACCUUCUCUGAGGAGAACGUGAUCCGGGAGUUCAACCUCAACGAGCUCUACCAGAAGGCCAAGAAGCAGUCGAAGCCGCGGGAGGAGGGGCCUGAGGAGCCCCCAGCCGUGCCGGCGGCUGCGCCUCAGGAGACCAAGAAGGACAAGUAGAAGCUGCCCUGUACCGUCGCCCAUCACUAUGUCACCAUCCGCCUGGUGGCAGCGGCCCCGCGGGCCCGCCCAGCCCUGCCCGGAGCCGCUCUCCGUGGGGACUUGUCCCGGCUGAGCGCCGGGAAAGCAGCGGUGCCCCCCGGCCCCGUGCGGGCAGGGCGGUAGGAGGGCCCCGCCUCGGUUAACGCUCGCUCUCAUCCAUCGCUGACAAUAAACGGUCCGUGCCGUGCCUGUG